GUAAAUGUACAUGUUCCAAAUUUAAUUAGGAAAGAGUUUCAAGGUUAGUUUCGUUGGUAGAAUCUACAAACAGAUAACCUUCUUUCUCAUAACGAUUAAUGUCUCCAUCAACAAUAAAAAGAGUGCAAUCAAUUAUUUUGGGGUUUUCUCUGAUCAUGAAAGGGCGAUGCACCCAUACCUACGCCUACAUAUUUUAUGGAAAAUAUCCAGAUGGAGAAUUUGAUCACAAUGUUUUUGGAGCAUAUAAACCAUGCAGUGAUCAAAUGGAUUAUUGCCAUAUAUUACCUAUUCGAGGAAACAUCACGUAUUCACCUUUACGAUCUGCGGCGAAGUCGAUAUAUUAUCCUGAUGAAUGGCCCAACACCAUAGCUUUGCAAUAUUCAGGCUAUCCUUGGAUACUUCUUGAUGUCAACAAAAAACAGAUUGAAGUUGGCGAUAUGACCUACACUUUUGAAGAUUACAGCCCAAUGUGGUACAUUGAUUCAUAUUAUCAUUUCUCCAAUGUCAAAAUGAGCCACAUAGAUGCGCAAAGAUAUUGUGAAGGUCUGGACGGAUAUCUCGUUGUCCCGAAACACGGUCCUUUGAAUCAGUGGAUCAAUGGCAAAGUUUCGGGAUCAAUGUGGUCAGGUAUCAAAUAUAUUAAUGAAACAUGGAUGUAUCACGUCGGACAAGGCAAAGGUAUUUGGUUCAAUGAGGCAGAAUUCAUCAAAAGCAAUGUACUUGCUCCCGGGGGAGAUGGAAGUUGCAUGCUAAUUUCAAUGGGAAGUAUGAAAUGGUCAAGCGAAAGUUGCAGCAAAAAAUUGUCUGUAGUCUGCAGAAUACACGAACAUCUGAGAUACGGACACACAAUGAUGGUAGUUUAUGAGAAAUACCGAAAUCACACAGAAGCUUCAAAAGUUUGCACUGAUGCCUAUGAGUUUCUCGUGAGACCGGACUCCGCCAAAAAACUGAAAUGGCUAUCGAGCAUAAUAAAAUUUUAUCAGCAUUCUGGACUAUUCUUGAUAGAUGCCCUAUACAAUAUGGAAACAGAAGUUUAUGAAUCCACUCAAGGAGAUGUUAUUCUUGAAGAAAUGUGGGCACCAGGACAACCAAACACUUCACUUCACUGUGUUGUUAUGAAUGUAAAUGGAAAGUUAUUAUCAUUCGACUGUGAUGAUGGUUAUAAUGCACAAUUCAUUUGUGAAUACAAGCAUAUAAAAGAUAAUUUUGUCGCCGUCGUUGACAACAAGCGAUAUUACUGGCAUAAUGAUACUACAUUUCAAUCUGUUGCUAGUACCAAGUGCGAAAGUGAUGAAGGAGGAAGUCUUGCUGAGGCAUCACAAUUGUGGCAAAUCAUGACGUUGGUAUCAACAUAUGCAACAGAUUAUGCCACAAAUAAGACGUUUUGGUUGAUGUUAGCCGGCGGAUAUAAUAUUCAAAACGGCAUGGUUGUUGCAAAUGAUAACCGACCAAAUGACAUGUGCCCUACGUUUCGAACGCUUCAUAUCCCAACAUUUGAAUGGAAAAAUUGUAAUACAAUACAUCAUUAUUUGUGCAGGAAAGAAUACAAAGAAGUAAUUCCCGAUGAAGACCAGAGUCUUUGUCCUCCUGGUUUUAUGAGAGCAGAGGAAAGCACAUGUUUGCGGGCAUAUCACGAAACAGUGGAAUGGCAUGUAGCGAAGACAGUAUGUGAAGCAGAUACCGAGCAACGUGGAUCCUUAGUAAAAUUUCAACACAAUCAUCCUCAAUCUAUCCCCGUGUUAUAUUUCAUGAAAUCACAAGCAAAUACGGCUGAUGAACAAUUUUGGGUUGGCAUGUGUGGGUCAGAAAGCAGAGGGACAUACCUAUUUUGGACAUCAAAAAACGCGACAUCCGACGAUAUAACGACACCAUACUAUGCAAUUAAAGGAGAGUGCCUUGCCGUGAGUCCGCUGAAUGCAGAUAUCAAUAAAUACAACACGUUGUGGAGGUUGUAUAAUUUCGGUUUCGUGUGCCAGCAGGAAGCUAUUAUGAUAUCGGAAUACAAUACAUUGAACUUAACGGAAGAAUCUCAUUUAUAUGAAAUGAAAGCAUUUUUUGGAGAUGUUGAGUUCUGUCCAGAGUCAUACAUGAGUUUUGGAGAUCAUUGCCUGAAAUUUCCAAAUCCUACUAAAGUCACAUUCGAAGAAGCUCAAAAUUGGUGUUACGACAGCAGUCAUCCUUCGUCUAUUGCUGUUGACGAUUCGGAAAUCAAGCAUUCAGUCAUGUCCAAGCUGGCACAUGCAUUGAACUUCACUGUUGCUGAAACGUAUUGGAUAAGCUUGCGACCAUCGUACAGUGAAAAUUUUAUUCACACUGACUUGUUUGAACCGAGUCCAAUAAAUCACUGGGAAAAUGAUGAUUGGAAGGAUAAUGGAUAUGUAGUAUUAAAAAUUCCUGAUAAAUGGGAAAAGCUGUCUUCUAAACAAUCAAGGUGGUACUUCUGCCAAUCAAAGCAAUGUUUCCGGAAUCAUCCAUCAAGUUAUUCAGGAACUAUGAAUAUCACCCGUAACGGAUUCCAAUGCCAGGCCUGGGCGUCGCAAUCGCCUCAUUGGCAUAAUGUGUCUGUUGAGCAGAAUCCUGAAAUCUGGAAAGAAAACUACUGUAGAGAUGAUGGUCAAUAUGCUGGCCCUUGGUGUUACACAACGUCUCAUUUUAUGAGACAUGAACUGUGUGAUAUCACUGGUUGUAAUUCAAACUUGGUGCGUUACCCAUCCAAUAUUAUCACGAAAGAAAAAUAUUCUGACUUCAUUCCGGCUAUCGAGUACUCUAAUGUUACUCUCGAGUGCAGAGACGAUGAAGUUUUGUUGGACUGUGAAUGCACUAACGAACAUUGCUUAGGCGUCAAAGUCAUUGAAAAAACUGCCCUCGAAGAUAGAUUCUCGGGUUUCCUUGACUCUCAGUGUCUAUUAGUCGCAAAACCAAUGAAAUUGCUAUUUAUGACAAGAAGUAAAAUCCGGUGCUUAUCAAUAAACAACUAUUUCCUAACAAGGUCAAUUAUAACAAAACCUGGUAGUGCCGUUAACAUAUCAUGUCCACCCCGUAUGAAAUUAGCUUCGUGUAACAGCUUCGAUAGCGGACUGAGUGAAUAUCCGAACAAGGUAACUCUUGGACAGGCACUUCGAACCCCAAUUGCAAAUACCAUAGAUGUAUGUACUUCUAGAGAUUGUACGGGAGAAGAUUGCGAGACGACAGCAAUAUGUUUAAUGACAAGCAUCUCACAAAUUGUUACAGUGCAUGUAUCAAAUCGAUUACGAUAUACAGAUCGCAGCAUAAUUUUCCCCGCAAUAAAAGAACCACGCUGGAAAAAUACUAAUGCAGCCUUCUAUGUGUUUCCCUAUGAUGACAUAGGAACAUUGUGCUUCUGGAUAAAAACUGCUUCAAAAUACGUGGGAACAAUACUAUACCUUACCAGGACACAUACAUAUCCUGUUCUGGCUGUGGCAGGUGGGAGUCAAACUGAAAGUGGAUUGUUCAUUGCACCAAAUGGCGAAAAAAUAAAAUUUGACCCGACAGUAUUGAUGGAUAAUUACUGGCACAAAAUGUGUCUUACCUUCGGUUCUACCAAUGAUUCAUCUUCCACGUGUGCACUUUAUAUUGACAGCAUUCUGACCGCUGAAACAAAUGAAUGGGUCACGUGCAAUAAAGGAAUGCUUUAUCCAUAUGGUCACUUGUCAUUGGGAAGAGGAAUGGAUGUUUUUAACCCAGUAAUUCUAUCAGAUCCUGAUAUUCUAAUUACAGACAAUUCGUUUCUGAGUGAAAAUGAACGAAUUGUAUUGCAAUCGCCUUUUGAAGGAGUAAUUGGUGACAUCGCAUGUUACGAAAAUCCUUUGUCCACUGAAGCUUUACGCCGUCUUCGCUUUGCUUGUUUCGAAACUGAUUGGUAUAUGGGCAUUCCAACUCUCGCACUAUCGCAAGAAUAUAAAUACUUAAAAGGGUCCGAUAUCUACGCAGGUACAAGAAUAUACGGAGAGAUCAAAACAUACACCGGAAGCAAACCUUGCUCCGAGGAUAUCGAUUUUUAUAAACUAUUCACCUAUGAAAAUUCUGUUGAGACCUCGUCUACUAACGUUACUAUUACUGUGGAUGUACAUGCGUCUAAUUAUGAACUUUUGAAAAAUAUGAUGGUUGAUAAAUAUUAUGUUUCGAUAAAAUGCAACCGGGAAUCAAGUUCUCAAGAAUCACCUCUAAUAUCAGCGAUUUCCGAAUUUCCACUUAUCCAAAUGGAAAAAAACGCAACGAAAAUCAUAAAUAUAAACAAUUUACUCUCGGUCGAAGACUACACUUGCUAUAUUUAUUCACAUGUUAACCUAUGGACGAAAUCAAACCAAGAAAAUCAUCUCAAAAUCAGGUUCACGACAACAACAGGGCCUGUUACAAACGUAACAUCAUUGGUUUAUUUGAAUAAGAUGAUAAACUCAUACGAAAUCCUAGAACCCGGAACGGACAAAUUGUGGUGGCAACCACCUGAUCGCGGUGAAAUCACACAGUAUAAAGUAAUUGCAUACACCAAACUCACCAACAAUACGUUCAUACAAAUAAAAAAUGAAAUAAUAAAAAGCGAUGAUUUUCAUAACUACACCGUGAUGAAAGAGGAAGGGAGCGCAGGCGCUAUUCCAGGUUCUUGGUAUAACGUAUAUAUAUCACCGAUAACGGCGAAUUCCGAAGGUGACGUGAAAAUUUUCAGCGAUCGCUUACAGCCUGCAGCACCAAUAUUUUCAAGUGGAAGAAGUGUGGGCCAAGGGGAUACAGUAAACCUCGUUUUAAAAUGGGAAGAUUUGUACCAGGAAUAUGUCGAUGGAUAUGUUAUGCAUUACAAGGCUAUUGCCGACCUGAAAUGGACAGUUGUUAACAUUCCUCCGCUGAGAACAUCUCACCAAUUAUUAGGUCUAAAGAGUUUAACUGAAUAUAGUAUAAGAUUGCAGAGUUUGGCAGGGCUGAAAACAAGUAGUCCGUCAGAAAUGAACAUUACUACUGGAACAGCGGGAAAUUACCGAUUCGAAAUGAGCAGAAUUUCUUCAUCAUCUGUUGCAUUGGAUUGGGAUGUUGACAUACUUUGUUACAAAUAUCAGGUGGAAAUGAAAGCUAUUUCUGCUCUAGAUAACGUUCCUAUUUCAAAAUCAAACUGUUAUUUUACAACUUCAAUAUUUCUUCAAAUAGUGAAUGUUAUACGAUGCACAGAUUCAAUACGCCGUUUCGAUAAAACACUUACCCAAACGGUUGAUAAAUUGAAAAAAGGUUGUAUCUACGAAGCACUAAUCCAGCACAUCAAUGAAAAUGGCGACAUUGAAUACACGCUCACUACAAAUUUCAGCAAUCCCGCGGAUCUAACAACGGUCAAUAAUUUUCGUUUAGUUGCUGCUACUGAGAACGCGUUACAGUUCUCGUGGGAAAAUCCAAGUAGAUUAGAAGAAGUUGAUUUGUUUCAGAUAACGGUAUCACUUGCUAAAACACCAUGGAUACAAGAAAAGUGGGCAGUUUUUUCUGAGCCCCGGGCAACUAUUACCGAUCUAAAAGAAGCGACCAGAUAUGUUAUCAAUGUCACAUCGGCGAGGAAAAAGGAGAUUGCCAAUGAAUCGGCAUCAUUAAUAGUAUGGACCAAACGACGAAACGUGUCGUCGUUAUUUACCUGGUCAGACUGGACGUCAUAUUCACAGUGUCCAAAGACCUGUGGUGAAAAUGUAACUCAGACGAGGCAACGAUACUGCCAGAAUCCUGACUUAGAUACUGAUGAUUUUUGUCCCGUUGACGACAUAGAAAUGAGAGAUAAAGAAACGGAAACAAGAUUCUGUAAAUUGGAAAGUUGUGCUAUUGAUGGACAGUGGUCAGAAUGGUCAUAUUAUGGUCCGUGUGAUAAAUCUUGUGGUGAGGGCGGAUUUCAGACUCGUAACAGAACAUGCAGCAAUCCUGCGCCAGCUCAUGACGGAAAAUAUUGUAAUGGCGGAAGUUUAUGGAAGACCGAGAUUAGACAAUGCGGACACCAACCAUGCCCUAUCAACGGUAAUUGGACGGCCUGGGUGAAAAUAUUUUCUUGUGAUGUGACCUGUGGAACCGGUAAACAGAAGAGAAUGAGGUUAUGUAGAAAUCCUGUCCCACAAUAUGGCGGAAUGGAUUGUGUUGGUGAUGAGAGUGAUACAAUACCCUGUAACACGGAUCCAUGUCCAGUACCGGGCGAAUGGCAGUCAUGGAGUAGCUGGAGUAUUUGUUUAAAUUUUUGUGGAUUGUCAAACUCAAGCAGAACAAGGGAAUGCAAAAUUUCAUCUACAGGGCAUAAUUGCGCAGGAUCUGAAGACAUGAAAGAGACAGAGAAUAAGCUAUGUAUAGCGUCAGAUCCAUGCGAGGACGACUUUCAUUGGGGACCUUGGGGUCACUUCACUGCCUGUAGCAAGACUUGUGGAACUACAACAAUGCGGGAAAGAGUUAGAACAUGUGUCUGGAACGACGACGUUUACCAAAAAGCAAGACCGUGUAAUGAUCAGAAGAUUCAAAAAUUAAUGUGUGGGGCAAGAGAAUGCCCCAUAGAUGGAUCUUGGGGGGAAUGGUCUACUUGGGGACCAUGUUCUGUCAGUUGUGAAAAAGGCGUUCAACUCCGAAUGCGUUUAUGCAAUAAUCCAAAACCUGCUUUUGGUGGAAAAGAUUGCGAAGGAAGCAAAACUGGAUCUCAGAUGGAAAAAAAAGAAUGUGUGAGGCAAGGCUGUCCAAGUGGAAGGUAUCUGAAUUCUCCAACGACCUUACGACAUUGUAAACCAGAAACAGGGAAAAGUAGUGUUGUCUGGCCAUGGACGUUUGCGGGAGUUACCCAGAACGCAUCAUGCCCUGCUGGUACAAGUGGAACUGCAUUUCGUCUUUGCAGCCAGAAUCAAAUAUGGCAAGAGGAAGACUUGACUGCAUGUACAAGCGAGAAAGUUAAAAAAAUCGUUGAUAAAAUUGAGGAAGCGAACGUCGGUACAAGCACGGGCUUUUCAGCAAUAUCCACUGAAAUUUUGCAAAUAUUAGAAGGGGAUACUAAAGGAAAGCAUUUGUCUGUUGCUGGUGAUAUAUUGCAGCUACAUGGUAUGCUUAACAAACUGUUAGAUUGGAAACCUUCAACAUUCUCCGACUUAUCGAGAGCUGCAAAAUUAGAAUAUGUUGACACAAUAACAACAUCGGUGGAAAAGAUAACAAAUCUAAAAUAUCAGAAUAUCUGGAUGAGCUUGAAUGGAUCAACGGCAUUAGAUUUAUUAAAAAACUUUCUGACUUUAAUCGAAAACACGAGUUUAUAUGGACAAGAUGUUAUUGAAUCAGAUACUUCUGUAAUUUACAAAAAUAAUUUGAAUCAGGAUUUCAAUCUAUUCCUCAAAACCGUCGGCCAAAUAACGAAGCAAGGUUGUUUACAUUUCCACUGGAAAAUACACCCGAAUAUGAAAUGGAAAAGAGCACAAUCAGUGUAGUGCUCGACUCAAGAGUUUGGCAACUCAAUGGAGAAUUUUCACUCGCGAAGCUAAUGUUUGUUAAAUACAAUACAAUGUCAAAGUUUAUACAUAAUCUUAAUGAAAAUAUCACUCAAGUAACAGGAAGGGCAUUUGGCGGUAGAAAUAUAAAUGGGCCCCUUAUUGGCGCAAUGGUCAGAUACAAAGGAAUGGAAAAUAUAACGGAACAAAAGAUACAAGUCCGAAUUGAGUUUGUGCAUAACAGGCGAGCAAAGAAUCCGAUCUGUGUAUAUAUUGACGAAAGGAAGGGAAGAUGGCUGUAUAAUGAAGGUGGUUGCAGACUUGAUGUAGUGUGGUCCACUCCUGAACUUUCAAUUUGUAUAUGUGAUCACUUAACUACGUUUGCAGUGCUAACUCAUGAUUUAUUAGAUGAAGACACACAACGAGUUAUCGAUCAACGUAACUUCAGAACCUUUUACUUACAUGCAUCGCUUGCCGGAACGAUGGGAAUGGCGGCAAUAUUCGCUCUUAUUUUAGCACCUAUCGUUUCACUGAAACUUGAAUCUGGAUUGCCGGUUCAUACUGUUUUAUCACAUGGAUUGAAACAUGGGGCAAUUCUAUGUGCGGUGACUUUCAGCGAUUCGAACGCUAUGUGCGCUGUUACCGCAUCUUUUUUUGUAUAUAUGUGCACUGUGACAACUACUAUUGCAAUGAUUAACUGCCUGGACGUUCUUAUGGAUAUACGCUGUGGAGAAAAAGGUCCCAAGACAACUAUUCGUUCAUUGGUUGGAUCUUCCCUUUAUUCUUGGUUAUUAUGAUACUUGUCACGUAUGGAAUAUCUUCCUCACAAGAUGCAACAAUAACAUGCAAGGAAACUUAUAGUGUUGUUGUACUUUUGCCCGCAAUAACAAUUGUUUCAUUCACAGCCAUUAUGUCAUUGAGUUUAUUGAUUUACUCAACGAGGGUGUUUUCUGCAUCGAUGAUAAAACCAUUAGAAGCAAACAGAAUUGAACGUAGACUUUGGAGUAUAGUGUUUUUACUUCUCGUUACCUUUGCAAGUGUCGCAUUACUGAUGUGGAGUUUUGUGGAUCAGGCAACUCCGCCACAGGAAAUUCAGAUUGCAUACGUAUCCAUACUUGGAGUGGAAAUAUUUUACAUUGGAUUUAUGCAUCUGUGGAUGGAUUUGGAAUUCAGGACAUACUAUUACAAGAAGUUUGGUGCUAAACCAGUGAAAGAAAAAGUGAUGGCGCAACCUCCAAAGUAUAUUCCAUGAUGACUGACCUAUUUAGAUUUUGUUAUAUCGAAAGAAUUGUUAUCAUGUAUACAAGCAAAACUCAUCACUCGUUGUAGUAGUAAUAUUUCAUUUGAACACUCAAAUAUGAAUACUUGUAUAUGAGUUUUAUAUACAAUUAUUUAGAGGCGUGUUUCGUUUUUGAUAAAAUCGUUCAUAUACAUACACAUACAAUUGUAUACCAAAACUAAUAAAACAGCAACAUCUUAUAGAGUUUGAAGUCAAUCUUACAGGAUAAAUGCUGCACGAAUAUUAAUAUAAUCACCAAGUAAUUCUAUCAUUGUUUUUAUUGAUACAAGCAUAUAAUUGAACUCUAGGCGAUAUAUCACCCAAUUUCGCAAUUCUUUUUGAAACCCAGCCCAAAUUACAUGUUCUUUUACGUACUUGUUUGAGGAUAAACCAGUGAUUGACAUCAGACCUCUCUUUUGGAUAGUGACCUGUCGCUGUG